AUGGAUCCCGUUCCAACCUCGGCGCCGGAUGGCGGAUCGCCGCGCUCCUUCGCCAUCGCCCACCAGCGAUCCAGGACCAGCUUUCGCGGCUGCUCCCGCAUCGGAGACUAUGAGCUGCAAGGAAAACUCGGAGAAGGAACCUUUGGUGAGGUGCACCGAGCUCGGUCAAAAAAGACGGGCGCAAUCGUCGCCUUGAAAAAAAUCAUUAUGCACAACGAAAAAGAUGGUUUCCCCAUCACUGCGCUGCGAGAAAUCAAGCUCCUCAAACUUCUCAACCACGUCAACGUUCUCCGGCUCGAAGACAUGGCUGUCGAGCAUCCCUCACGAAGCAACGAAAAACGAAAGAAGUACAUCAUGUACACCGUCACCCCAUACAUGGACCACGAUCUCUCCGGUUUGCUCGACAACCCCGCUGUCCAUUUCAAAGAGGGCCAGAUCAAGUGCUACAUGCUACAACUUCUGCAAGGCCUUCGUUACCUCCACGAUCAGCAUAUUUUACAUCGAGACAUGAAGGCAGCCAACCUGCUCAUCAGCAACACAGGCAACCUUCAAAUCGCCGAUUUUGGUCUUGCCAGGCAUUACGACGGGCCGACGCCGCAACCCGGUCGGCCAAUAGGAGACGGCCGUCGGGACUACACUGGCCUUGUCGUGACCAGAUGGUACCGUCCUCCGGAGCUUCUACUGCAGCUGCGCCAGUACACUACAGCUAUUGACGUUUGGGGUGUUGGCUGCGUAUUUGGAGAGAUGCUUGUGGGCAAGCCCAUUCUUGCGGGCGAAAGCGACAGCCACCAGCUCGACAUCAUUUGGGACCUUCUCGGCACCCCGACAGACGAAAACAUGCCCGGUUGGAAGAGCCUGCCCGGUGGCGAACACUUGUCGCCGCGUCCACGACCCGGCAAUCUGCAGAACCGCUUCAGAGAAUUCGGGAGCGGCGCGAUAUCGCUUCUUAAAGAACUGCUGAAGCUGGACUGGAAGACUCGCAUCAACGCCGUCGACGCGCUAGAUCACGCCUACUUCAAGAUGGCGCCACUACCGAUGGAGCCGCAUGAUAUUCCCACGUACGAGGAGAGCCACGAGCUGGACCGCAGAAAGUUCCAGGACCGCAAGGCAGCUCUGCCGCCCGCACCCAAAGGCGGCACAGUCGGCAUCGGGCCGGACGCGAACGGCGCGACAGCGGGCUUUAACAGCGGCGAUGGCUAUGGUAGGAAUGGCGCUACCAAUGGGAGGUUUCGUGGUGCAGACGAUCACAGACGGCCGGCCUGGCAGCGCGGCGAGCGCGGCCCACCACCCGGCCGCGGCCCUCCGCCCGAAAGAGGUGGUCGAGAGGAAGACUAUCGCGACCGCGAUCGGGUCCCGCCAAGGAGCCGACCCGGCGGCGGCCCAGGGGGACAGAGGGCCGCUCCAGACACGGAUACGUAUAUUCCCAGUUAUGGGCCGCGUGAUGAUGCUGUGCGGCGUCGAGACGACAGGCCCCGCGACGACCGCCGUCCGCCAAGAGACGACCGUCGGCCGGACCGCGAGAGAGACCACCGCACUAGCAGAAGUCGAUCUCCGGGCAUGGAGCGGCGCGAUCAUCGCGAGCGUGAGCGUGACAUUUACCGACGAUAG